CUUUUGGCUGUCUUUACAUAUAUAUAUACAUCGCGAAAGAGACUUCAUGACUCUUUCUUGAAGUGUUGUGAGCUUGUUGUGAGUUCCAAGCAACUCUUCCUGGAGCUUCUUCCUGGUUUGGAUUUCUUAUUCCUAUCACCAGCCACUGGUUGAACCUCAACACCAUUUCAUUGAAGUGAGAUGCUGCGACUAGCCUCCUAACCCUCUGAAAACAGCCGGCUGAAUUCUCUGAACUCAACAGAGCAGCCCGAGGAUAAACCCUCCAGUAAAUCGUAUGUGACUGAAGCUAUAGGAGCCUGACUAAGAAUGAAAGCUGAGAUGAAAACCAGACUCCAUCAAGUAAACCCUGGGCUUGAGCUGAUGCAAGAGAAGGAAGCCCAGGACAUGGAGCAGUGCCAGGAUCUGCCAGGAGCCUCUGCAGCUGCAAGUUACCUCUUAACAUCACUCGGCAGAGAUGGAGCCUGGCGAGAUCGUUGUGGCAGAAUGUCCUGGUGAGAAACAGUUGUACACGGAGCAGAAGUCAAAAGCCAAGGACCUGCUGGGGAGAAGCGGAAAUUGGAUCUACCAAGUUUUUGGGUAUCUCACAGGAGAAAUGAAAGAAUGUGGAGAGUGGAUGAAAAAUAAGCCCCUGAUGGUUCAGCUGGUGGACUGGAUCUUGCGAGGCACCUCUCAAGUGAUGUUUGUCAACAACCCUCUCAGUGGGCUGAUCAUUUUAGUGGGGCUUUUCAUCCAGAGACCUUGGUGGAUGCUCACAGGAUGUACUGGAACAACUGUGUCAACGUUAACUGCACUGGUCCUCAGUCAGGACAGAUCAGCCAUUGCAGCUGGACUGCACAGCUACAAUGGGAUCUUGGUGGGACUGCUCAUGGCUGUCUUCUCUGACAAAGGAGAUUACUACUGGUGGCUUCUUCCGCCUGUGGCAGUUAUAUCAAUGGCCUGUCCAAUCCUGUCCAGUGCUUUGGGAUCCAUCUUCAGUAAAUGGGACCUUCCUGUUUUCACUCUGCCCUUCAAUAUUGCGGUGACUUUGUACUUGGCAGCCACAGGACACUACAACCCCUUCUUCCCUACAACCCUCAUCAAGCCUGUAGCUUCAGUGCCCAACAUUACCUGGUCUGCAAUCAAUGUGCCAUUGCUCUUACAAUCCAUCCCAGUUGGCAUUGGUCAAGUGUAUGGUUGUGACAACCCCUGGACUGGAGGCAUCUUCCUUGUUGCUUUACUUAUCUCCUCCCCACUUAUUUGUUUACAUGCUGCAAUUGGAUCGACAGUGGGGAUGUUUGCAGCACUGAGCAUUGCAUCACCAUUUGACAGCAUCUACCUUGGCUUACACAAUUACAACUGUGCACUCGCCUGCAUUGCAAUUGGAGGCAUGUUCUAUGCCCUGACCUGGCAGACUCAUUUGCUGUCACUUGCCUGUGCAUUAUUUUGUGCCUACUCUGGAGCAGCUCUUGCUAAUGCCCUAUCUGUGGUUGGGCUGCCGCUCUGCACGUGGCCUUUUUGCUUCUCUGCACUCCUCUUUUUGCUGAUAAGCUCAGACAACCCAGCCAUCUACAAAAUCCCCCUCUGCAAAGUCACCUACCCAGAAGCCAACCGGAUCUACUACCUGAGAAUGAAGAGAAGAGCCUCAGAGAGCAGGAGGGAAGAGCAGAAACAAAAGGAGCAGAAACCCUCCAGUGAUUUGAAAAUAAACACAGGAGGGACCCCCCUGUGCACCCCCAAAACCUGCCAUGGUUGGAGCAUCAACAUGGAAAACAGUGUUGAUAUCAAGAUAGAAAACAAGGGAGAAAGAAACCCAAUAAAGCAGAAUCCACUGAUCAAAGCUGGGAAGAGGUUCUGCAGAGGCGUUGGGUACCUCGCUGGAGACAUGAAGGAAUUUAGAGCCUGGCUAAAAGAUAAACCUCUCAUGAUCCAGUUUGUUGACUGGGUGCUUCGUGGAAUAUCCCAGGUGAUGUUUGUCAACAAUCCCAUCAGUGGGAUCAUUGUUGUUGCUGGCUUCCUGAUGCAGAACCCAUGGUGGACACUUACAGGCUGUUUAGGAACUGUUGUCUCCACUUUAACAGCACUUAUUCUGGGUCAGGAUAGAUCAGCCACAGCAGCAGGCCUGUAUGGCUACAACGGGCUCUUGGUGGGAUUGCUCAUGGCCAUCUUCUCUGAUAAGGGAGACUACCACUGGUGGCUUCUACUGCCUGUAGCACUGGUGUCCAUGACAUGCCCUGUUUUCACCAGUGCUUUAGGCUCAGUCUUCUCUAAGUGGGAUCUGCCUGUUCUCACCUUGCCUUUCAACUUGGCCUUGACCCUCUACCUGGCUGCAUCAGGACCGCAUAAUCUCUUCUUCCCUACAAUUGUCAUUCAGCCUGCAACAGCAACACCAAACAUCACCUGGACAGAUGCUGAACUGCCAAUGCUCCUGCAAUCCAUUCCAGUCGGAGUGGGUCAGGUUUAUGGCUGUGACAACCCGUGGACUGGGGGAAUCUUCCUGAUUGCUUUAUUUAUCUCUUCUCCUCUCAUUUGUCUGCAUGCGGCAAUUGGAUCAGCAGUGGGGAUGCUGGCAGCACUGAGCUUAGCAACACCUUUUAGCAAAAUCUACUGCGGCUUGUGGGGCUACAACAGCUCCCUUUCAUGCAUUGCCAUUGGAGGCAUGUUCUACGCUUUCAGCUGGCAGACACAUUUGCUGGCAAUUGCCUGUGCGCUCUUCACUGCCUACCUGGGAGCAGCAGUGACUAACAUGUUGUCUGUGUUUGGGGUACCAUCAGGAACCUGGGCUUUUUGCUUGUCUGCGCUGACCUUCCUGUUAAUAACCACAAACAACUCUGCCAUCUACAAGCUGCCACUCUCCAAAGUCACCUAUCCAGAAGCCAACCGAGUCUAUUACCUGAAGAUGAAAAAACAUCAGAGAUCUUGCUGUGACGUAUGAAGACCCAAGAAGAGAAAUACUUUGCAGAUUUUAAGGCAAGAGUACAAGGUGUUCCCCCCGCCCCCCAAAAAACAUGUGAUUUGUGUGCUAAAGAAUCAAGACUAAAAAGAAUCACCCCCUUCUGAGUAGAAAGACUUCUUCCACCUCAUUCAUUUGUUGUAUCCUUAGUAUGUAAGAGACUGUGCUGUGCUGGAAGGACCUUUCCCAAGACCAAUCUGUAAUGAUUUAAAAGCACAUACUGGAAUUUUAAGCAGUGGUGAAUUGACUUAGAAAUUGAAAAGAAAAAUCUGUUUGUGAAAUCUGAGUCAUAGCAAUCAGACAUAAAGCAAUAAAGAGCAGAGCAUCUCUCAGCAUUUAAUUAAUGGCUAAAAUCAGUUUAUGACAGCAAUAGGAUAUGUC